CAACUAUUCUAUUCUGAAUUCUCCCAUGCCUUCUCCUGGUAAAGAAUAAUCCCACCACCUCCCUCCUCUACUACCUCUCCCUCCCCCCAAACUCGAGCCUCCAUCUCCCUCCCCGAUCCAGACACCGAUCGAGGCGUUGACGACGACGUCUAGCUCAUGGGGACGAGGAGGAGGAGUGCGCGAGCGCGAGCGCGGCCGCCGCUGGCCAUGCCGCUCGCCGUGCUUCUUCUCUUCGCCUGUUCUUCCGGCGUCGCAGCCGCGGCCGCUCAGGGCAUCGAGCGGAUCAAAGAGAAGACGAUCCUGUUGGAAAGCUGAAGGUGUAUGUCUACGAGCUGCCCCCCAAGUACAACAAGAACAUUGUGGCGAAAGAUUCCAGAUGCCUCAGCCACAUGUUUGCCACAGAGAUCUUCAUGCAUCGCUUCCUGCUGUCGAGUGCGAUCCGGACUUCGAAUCCGGACGAAGCCGAUUGGUUCUACACUCCAGUGUACACCACAUGCGACCUCACGCCAUGGGGCCAUCCCCUGACCACCAAGUCUCCACGCAUGAUGAGAAGUGCGAUCAAGUUCAUCUCCAAGUACUGGCCCUACUGGAACAGAACGGAGGGUGCGGAUCAUUUCUUCGUUGUGCCACAUGACUUUGCAGCGUGCUUCUACUUCCAGGAGGCGAAGGCUAUUGAGCGAGGCAUCCUUCCGGUGCUGCGCCGUGCUACGCUGGUGCAGACGUUUGGGCAGAAGAACCAUGCGUGUCUCAAGGAUGGCUCCAUCACAGUCCCGCCGUAUACUCCUGCUCACAAGAUCAGAGCUCAUCUUGUUCCACCAGAGACUCCUCGGUCAAUCUUUGUCUACUUCCGUGGUUUGUUCUAUGAUACUUCGAAUGAUCCUGAGGGUGGUUACUAUGCAAGGGGCGCCCGUGCAUCGGUGUGGGAGAACUUCAAGAACAACCCGAUGUUCGACAUCUCUACGGACCACCCCCAAACCUACUACGAGGACAUGCAGCGUGCAGUCUUCUGCCUGUGCCCGCUGGGCUGGGCGCCAUGGAGCCCUCGUCUGGUGGAGGCCGUGGUGUUCGGCUGCAUCCCGGUGAUCAUCGCAGACGACAUCGUCCUCCCCUUCUCCGACGCGAUCCCGUGGGAGGAGAUCGCCGUGUUCGUGGCCGAGGACGAUGUCCCGCAGCUGGACACCAUCCUGACCUCCAUACCAACGGAGGUGAUCCUCCGGAAGCAGGCGAUGCUCGCGGAGCCGUCGAUGAAGCAGACCAUGCUGUUCCCGCAGCCUGCGGAGCCCGGGGAUGGCUUCCACCAGGUGAUGAACGCGCUGGCGAGGAAGCUGCCCCAUGGCAGGGAUGUGUUCCUCAAGCCCGGGCAGAAGGUGCUCAACUGGACCGAGGGGACCCGGGAAGACCUGAAGCCGUGGUAGAUAGAUAUAUACAGUAUAUGAUAGUGUUAUGGCACCAUUGCCAUUCACCAUGGCUGGUGUUCUUGUGUAAAUGACACCACCGGAUGAGAAGCUGAUCAAUGAGGAUAUAUUGAUGAUGAUGAGCGAACCACACCAUUGAAUGUAAAGCUCCCUUUCCUUGCUUCUUUUUAAGGCCAUGUGCCUGUAUGGCAAUGUCUGUUUUGACCAUUGUUGUAGUGUUAGCGUAUUACAGGUCAUGGAUUAUGUAAUACUAGUCAAUAACCCAUACGUUACACCGUGCAACUUGCACAGGCUAUUUGUUCAUAUAUAUAUAAAACAUAAAUAGUAAAAUUUUGUCA